AAAAAAUGGCAAACUUUCUCUCUUUUGUUUUACUACAUCUGUAUCUCCAUCUCCAUGGUUAUCUCCUCUUCUUUUCCCUUCUUCUCUGCCCCCUUUCCUCCCCCAUCUUUCUCAAUUCCUAACUAGCUAGCCCUUGUUCAAUUUCUUUGGAUAUUCUUUUACUCCCAAACUUCAGUGGCUCUUUCUUUCCAAUGAUCCCUCUCUUUCCCCUUUCUCCCAUAAACAUACACAGCUCUAUUUUAACAAAGGACUUAUGUAAAUCUUGCAGUAAUGGAUAGUAGGACUGCUUUUUCGGAUUCUAAUGAUAUCAGUGGAAGCAGUAGUAUAUGCUGCAUCGGCGGCAUGACUGAAUCUUUCUCGCCGGAAACUUCUCCGGCUGAAAUCACUUCCCUGAAACGUCUCUCAGAAAUACUAGAAUCUAUAUUCGAUUCUUCUUCACCGGACUUCGACUUCUUCGCCGACGCCAAGCUUGUGGUUCCCAUCGGUAAGGAAAUUCCGGUGCACCGGUGUAUUUUGUCGGCGAGGAGUCCUUUCUUUAAGAAUGUAUUCUGCGGGAAAGAAAGGAAGACGAAGCUGGAACUGAAGGAGCUGAUGAAAGAGUAUGAGGUGAGUUAUGAUGCUCUGGUGAAUGUGUUGGCCUAUUUGUACAGUGGAAAAGUUAGGCCUUCACCUAAAGAUGUGUGUGUUUGUGUGGACAAUGAGUGCUUUCAUGUAGCUUGUAGGCCAGCAGUGGCUUUCUUGGUUCAGGUUUUGUACGCAUCCUUUACCUUCCAGAUCUCUGAAUUGGUCGACAAGUUUCAGAGACACCUGUUGGAUAUUCUUAACAAAGCUGCAGCAGACGAUGUAAUGAUGGUUUUAUCUGUUGCAAACAUUUGUGGUAAAGCAUGUGAGAGAUUGCUUUCAAGCUGCAUUGAGAUUAUUGUCAAGUCUAAUGUUGAUAUUAUAACCCUUGAUAAGGCUUUGCCUAAUGACAUCGUAAAACAAAUUACUGAUUCACGCACUGAACUUGAUCUACAAGGGCCUGUAAACCAUGGUUUUCCUGAUAAACAUGUUAAGAGGAUACAUAGGGCAUUAGACUCUGAUGAUGUUGAAUUACUAAGGAUGUUGCUUAAAGAGGGGCAUACUACUCUAGAUGAUGCGUAUGCUCUCCACUAUGCUGUAGCAUAUUGCGAUGCAAAGACUACAUCAGAACUUUUAGAUCUUGCACUUGCUGAUGUUAAUCACCAAAAUCCUAGAGGAUACACGGUGCUUCAUGUUGCUGCCAUGAGAAAAGAGCCUAAAAUUAUAGUGUCCCUUUUAACCAAAGGAGCUAGACCUUCUGACCUGACAUCCGAUGGCAGAAAAGCACUUCAAAUUGCAAAGAGGCGCACUAGGCUUGUGGAUUUUAUUAAGUCUACAGAGGAAGGAAAAUCUGCUCCAAAGGAUCGGUUAUGCAUUGAGAUUCUAGAGCAAGCAGAAAGAAGAGAUCCACUACUUGGAGAAGCUUCAGUAUCUCUUGCUAUGGCAGGCGAUGAUUUGCGUAUGAAGCUGUUAUACCUUGAAAAUAGAGUUGGUCUGGCUAAACUCCUUUUCCCCAUGGAAGCAAAAGUUGCAAUGGACAUUGCUCAAGUUGAUGGCACAUCUGAGUUCCCCCUGGCUAGCAUCAGGAAGAAGAUGGCUGAUGCACAGAGGACAACAGUGGAUUUGAACGAAGCUCCUUUCAAGAUGAAAGAGGAGCACUUGAAUCGGCUUAUGGCGCUGUCUAGAACUGUGGAACUUGGAAAACGCUUCUUUCCACGUUGUUCAGAAGUUCUAAAUAAGAUCAUGGAUGCUGAUGACUUGUCUGAGAUAGCUUACAUGGGGAAUGAUACGCCAGAAGAGCGUCAACUGAAGAAGCAAAGGUACAUGGAACUUCAGGAAAUUCUGACCAAAGCGUUCACCGAGGAUAAAGAAGAAUUUGCUAAGACUAACGUCUCCUCAUCUUGUUCCUCUACAUCUAAGGGAGUAGAUAAGCCCAAUAAGCUUCCCUUUAGGAAAUAGAUUUGUAAUAGGAGAUAUGAAGCGGAAGAAAAUUUUCUUGUAACAUAGGACUCUUUCCUUUCAACAUUUGUUGUGUCAUACAUAUAACACCUGUUCCAUAAACUUGUAUUGUUCCAAUUACGACUUUGAAAGAAGAGAAUUUUACUU